AUGGAAAGUGUGGGGUUUUUGGGGCUAUAUCGGGUUGGGGCGCGGAAUGACGGAAGUGCCCCUGUCUAUUGCAAUUCAAUGUCCGUGCCUUGUCUCGCCCGGAAUACGGGGAAGCAGACCGUUUCGCGCUCUCUUUACGCACACGAUGUGAAUGUUAAAAAAUGUCUCUUCAACGCAACUUCUUCUUUUUUGGUGUGGAAUCGAGUGGCUUUGGUAUGUGCCACCGGUGAACGAAGUUUCAAAGGAAGUGGAGCGUGGAGUUACCCUAUGAUGGAAGAUGGACCCGAACAAGUUCUCCUCGUUGCAUGCAUGACGGCCGACAAGAGCUGA